UUCAGUCUUCAAGGUGGAGUCUAAACACUGUGCUCCUCAUUUUUACGUGGCAUGAUUUACGCUCGGAGACUAUCUGGCUUUCAAAUCAAAGUCACUAUUUUCUUUGAUUUACUUUUUAAUAAUGUUUGGUUUUAAGUAUGCUCAUGUUGUUCUCUUGUUUCUGAUCACCCCUUCUGUAACUGCACAUGGGGGCAUUGUUUAUAUCCACAGAGUAAGAAAUUCAUCCAUUGACAUUUCCUGUGAAUCGGCAAAUCAAGAAGAAAAACCAUUUGCCUUUUCACUGAAACGCAGGUUGCUACAGUCCAGACGAGUGCUGUAUCUUUCUAAAGAUUUCCCACCAUUUAUCGAUAAAUCUGAUGACAAGGAUCGCAUCACUGUACGUAAUGAGUUGGACAGCCACACAGUUCAUCUGACAAUCUCAAACCUGGAAGGACAGGACACAGAUGUGUACCACUGUGAAUUCCACUAUGGUGAUCUUCCAUAUGACAAGAACAUUCCUGGCAAGAUGGAGUUCUUCAUUUAUGUUGAAAACCUCUCUCAUGAGUCUUGUAAUUGUUCAAGUUACCUGCCAUUGAUGUAUGUGAUCUCUGGAGGUGCAUGUCUGAUGAUUGUUCUGGUUUUCGCACUCACUAUGGCUUACUGUUGUAAAUGUCUUAACCGUAGAAAGCCACAGCCUGUAGUUCCUGUUUAUGAGGAUAUGGCAGGGGUGCGGCCCACCAAAGGAAAAGCCACAAGAUGUCACACUGAUAUUGCAAAACUGGAGGAAGCAAACAGCUCUGGGGCCCCCUUGUUCAGCAAUGAAAAUCAUUAUGUCAAUUGAUUUAACAAAAUGUAUUGACUGGGAAGUGACUACUGAAGUGUGAACGUUCAUGGUGAUGCCAGCUCCAGCUCACCCACAGAACCUUUCUGAAUCAUCAGCAUUAAAAGUGGUUUUUAGCAUGAAAUAGGUCUUUUCAUCUUUCAUCCAUACCUUCAUGUUAAUGGUACUUUACUUUGUUUUAAUGCUACAAAUACAGAAUGUCAGCUUACAGCCUUUUUCUAAAGAGAAAUUAACUGCUUUAUGUCUGUAGCACAAAAUAGUUAUGAUACAAGACAGCAUUUGUAUUAUGUGAUACACUUGUAAAAGCUGUUUAUUUAUUUUUUUUUACCUCUUGUGUGGAACUGAAUAGGAUUAAAGUGUUAGUUUUCCA